CAAAAGAAUGAAGUGCCUGCAGAACCUAUAUCACAAACCUCAAGCUCAUUAGUGAAUCAACCAGAUCCACCUACUGGGGGAAAUCAACUACAAGGGCAGGCAACUCCAAAUCUAAACCAACAGGGUCAACAGCAGGGAGAAGAACUAAACAUGCUUACUUCAGCUGGACAACAGAUUGAAAGUCAGCAAGCAGCUACUACAUGGCAGAAAAACGUUAAUAAGACAGAAAUCUCAACAUCUUCCUGUUUGGUCAUUGCCGGUAUCCUGUUGACAGUGUUCUCGAUGGUGCCUGGUUGUGCCUCAGCCCCCGCAAACAACUGUACUGGCCCAGACUACAUUAUACAAGAGAAUGGCUAUUGUUGUGGUGUAGUUAGCUGUGAAGAAAAUUUCACAGUUUUAAUGUGUAAGGUUCACUAUGGCAAUGACACAUGUGCUCCUUGUCCGGAAGGAAGUUUUCUGUUGGAUAACACAACUUCCGACACUGCCACAAGCUGUGUGAAGCCUGAUUGUCUGAAAAACGGAACAAGGCCAUCCCUGGUGAAGUCUACGACUAUUGAUCCCAAUGCCUGUCCCCAGUGGUGUCAAUGUGACAUCAGCUUUAAUUACUGUGGAACCGACCCAUGUAACUGUCGGAGUGGAACUUGCCCAUACCGCACCGUUCUGCAGCAGGAUUGUGGAUGUAAACUGAUCACACCCAGUCCUCCAAAACCUACGCUUCCAAAGGUGAUACCAGUGACGCAGAGCAAUUUUACAACUUCUAAGCCUAGAAUCAAUGUCACUACCGAAAGUAGUGCAUCGACUGUAGAUAAUACUCCGACCCCUGUAAGUGUCACACCAUUUCUACCUCGCACCACCAAGGCCUCUGACAGCCAGCCGAAGCAAAGCGAUGAUAAAGCAGUAGCAGCAGCAUUAGUAGCAGUAGCUGUAGUCAUCCUUAUUGUCAUAUGGUGCAAAUGGAAAAAAAGAGGAAACAAUAGAUCAGGAAACAGAGAUAGAGUUGAUGCAGGUGAAGAGAGUGGAGAUGCUGCUGGGGAACCACUAAUGCUAGGUAGUGGAGGUGGAACUGAUGAACACAGUACUAUGGCACAGCCACAAAAUGACAUAGGAUCUAACCGAAACAACACAGCAGAGGAUCCAGAUGAGGAUGGUUCGGGAUCUAACCGAAAUAACACAGCAGAGGAUCCAGAUGAGGAUGGUUCGGGAUCUAACCGAAACAGCACAGCAGAGGAUCCAGAUGAGGAUGGUUCGGGAUCUAACCUUAACAACACAGCAGAGGAUCCAGAUGAGGAUGGUUCGGGAUCUAACCGUAACAGCACAUCAGAUGAUCUAGAUGAGGAUGGUACUCCUGCAGGUGAAGAAGACCUGCCGACUGUGAUUGUUAGCCAAACCACUUACUUAGUCGUUACUGGUCAGGCCGUCACCCUAAGCUGCCAGGUUUCCGGAACACCAGUGGUCACAUUCGUUGCAUGGAAACGGAGUAAAAAUGGAGUGAUCUCCACCUUGACCAUCGAUGGGUCACACUACAGCGGUGGUACGACAGGAAGUCCAUCCCUGAUCAUCAGUAGUGUCGACUGUGGCGAUAUAGCUUCGUAUGUCUGUACUGUGUCAAACGCUGUGGGAACAUCAACUAGCGACACGAUCUUCUUAUCCCUAACUGGCAGUAUACCGACUGUUGUGAUUGGUCAAACAAAAUACUCCUUAACGACUGGUCAGUCAGCCACGCUUGGCUGCACAGUGACCGCUGUUCCUGCGGCAACCUCAAUCACCUGGGGGAAAACUGACGCCAACGGAAACACAAAUACCAUCAAUGUCAACGGAGUCAAGUACACCGGCGGGACAACAGGGACCCCCUCUUUGACGAUCGUCUCUGCGGUAACCACGGACUCGGGGAACUAUCGUUGCAGCGCCACAAAUAGUAUCGGGACGGGACAGAGUGAACAGACGUACCUAUACAUUACUGGAGGUAAUGGAAGUGGAACUGAUGAAAACAUUACUGCGGAACAGCCACAAAAUGACAUAGGAUCUAACCGUAACAGCACAGCAGAGGAUCCAGAUGAGGGUGAUUCGCCUGCUGGUGAAAAAAGUAAUGGAAGUGGAACUGAUGAAAACAUUACUGCGGAACAGCCACAAAAUGACAUAGAAUCUAACCGUAACAGCACAGCAGAGGAUCCAGAUGAGGGUGAUUCGCCUGCUGGUGAAAAAAGUAUAUGCAAAUUAUCCUAGGCUUUUUAAACAUCUGUGUUGUUUGGACAUCAAACUAGUACUUUUUUUCCAAGAAUUAAAGACUUUGUCAGCGUUAACAAUGGAUGAAUCAGAAUGUAAAAAACGCUAAGUGAGAAGUAGACGACAUUGUGUUUAUUGUGAAUGGACAAACACAAAACAAUUACAGCCUUAUAUGAACAAAACAACGAGUGUAUGUUAUCAUCUUGACAUCUCAUAUUGACAAUGAGAAAUUCAUGUAAUAUUAGGGUUAUUUGUUGGAAUAAUAGUGACAUGUUCAUAUUGAUUGUGUGAGUUGUUUGCUGGCUCAUAUAGCUUUGUGACCCAUCUUUUGGUUCAUUCCUGUGUGACUCCUCUUUUGGUUCAUUCCUGUGAGACACAUUUGCUGGUGCAUACUUCUGUGACUUAUAAGCUAAGUAUGCAGCUGAACCGGAUUUUGUUUUAUGUCAAUAGGCCAUUCCAAUCAUAUCUAAGGUUAUGUUGUACCAAUGGAUACCUUUUUAGUUUACCUUCCCAAAGGGCAAGUGAGCUUAUACCAUGGCGCGGCGUCCGUCGUCUGUCCGUCCGGCGUCAAUAUUUUACUUUA